UUGAUUCAAAUCUGUUACUUUUUUCCAAGAAAAUCUGGUAUGAGAAAAUUUGACAGCAAUUCAAUGGAAACAACUGAUCUGACGAUCUGACACAAGUGGCAUCUGGCAUAUGGUCACAUCACCAUCACAUCGUGAUCGUGAUCACAUCUCACGAUCUCAGGCUCAGGAUAUCUCACAUCAACGAAAAGUUUUAUAGUAGUCUUGAAAAUAAAACUCAUUUUCCUUCGUUGAAAGGCCAUAGAAAGAGACAUGUCUUCUGUUAAAUUGCAUGAAUUCAAAGUUUCAAUGACCUGUGAUGGUUGUUCUGGUGCAGUUCAACGAGUUCUGGGAAAAUUGAAAGAUAAAGGAGUGGAGGAUUUUGAAAUCAGCUUAGAAACUCAGAGCGUCAAAGUGAAAACAACAUUAUCUGCUGAAGAAAUAUUGGAAGUUAUCGGAAAAACGGGAAAAGAAGUGUCAUUUGUAUCUACUUCAUGAAAAAUGAUAUACCUCCUUCUCUACUUUUCACAAUUAUACUUUAUGAACGUACAUAAUUUUAUUGCAGCUCACAAUUAAAAUAUAUAUUUUCAAUUCUCACUAUUCACUUAAGACCGGAUCUACAAGGGGAGCGUGCAGGGUGAACUAAACUGAUCAACAAUUGAAACGUAACGGUGCAUAAUUUCACUCUCAUUCAAAACUGUAUUACUUACGAAAUACACAUCCGAUUUCAAUUCUGUUGUCAGUUCCUGAAUGAUUAAUCAUUAGUUUUGAGGUAUCAUAUUCGCUUUCCAAAAAUCCUUGUAACUGAGUUACCAUAGGGUGAUCAAAUUGCCUCAAAUUGAUAAUAGAAUAGAAUAGAAUCUUUAUUGUUUACAGAAACACGUGGUUUCAUAACAAGGAGUUCAUACAGUUGGAGGCAGCAAAAACUUAUGACUAAUACAGAUAUACCACCGAAUUGAUGCAGUGGUGAAAAAGUAAAUAAUCACAUGAUAUAUACCAAAAGCGAGUAGGAAGAAAAUAAUAAGAAAGAACAAGAAACAAAAAAAAGUAUAAACCCUAAAUCAGGCGCCCUCUGCCCUAUUACAAACAUAUAGAUACCUAAUACAAUACAUGUCAUUGCAUUAAAUCUAAGUGGACGAAUAGCUAUGUGCGAAAAUCCUCGAAUAAAGUAUAGUCCAUUAUACAUUCAGCCUAAAGCACAUUGACUGAGCUUUCAUUCGUUCAUAAUAAAGGAUCUGAGUCUACAAAUAUUCCAAAUGUGGGUACUCAGACUUUUUGCAGAUGAGGGCGUAAUAUCAUUGAAGAGGUUAACCAACCCGUUCAAAUCAGAGAGAGGUAGGUCUGGAGGUUUCAUCGUGACGUAGAUCGGACAAUCGAAUAGGACAUGAUUGAUUGUUUCAUAUUGAUGUUGAUUGCAGAUGGUACAUAUUUCAGCAGGUUUCAUUCCAUAGGUAGCUCUGUUAUAUGUGAAUUUAAUGGCGUAUUUGCUAGCGAGUUGAGCCAGGGUUCAAGUAACCGAAAUAGGGAUUCUCAUGUGUAGGUACUGUUGGGCACCAGUAUUCAUUUUGAAGUAGGUAGCUAUAAAGAGCGAGGGAGCUUGAGGAUCCAUUCAAUAGAGCCAUAUCAUUUUCAGGUUCUCGAAGUAUUUAGUGAACAUUAUUUUUUUGUUUCGCCUUAGGAUACUGCUGUUCAACUCAUUCAACGAGGAGGAGGAAUCCGCGUACUCGAGUUGACAUUUGAAUUGUGAAGCCCAGUUAUACCUGAUGAGACAGGACGCAUUUCCGUUGGCUAGAUCAAUUUGACGAAGGAGACAUAUUUUCGGAAGGCGAUGAUCUUCCAUCUCAAGUAUCUUAAUAAACCAAUUCGAGGUGUGUUUGAAGAUGAUAUAGCUUAAUCUGACUUGGCCUGUCUCUAUUCUGACUGCAUAAUCAGGUGUUGUAGUAGACAAUUGCAAGAGCCGUUUGAAGAAGUUGAGUUGUACUCUCUCUAAGAUUUCUGGAUAUCUAAGACCCCACACUGGUACACAGUUCAACAGCACACUUUGUACCAAUGAUUCAAAUAGGUGAACCCGAGAAUUCCAGCAAUCUAAUUUGGCAGAAGCCAUUAUGGGGAGUACUGCUCCUGUUGCUUGUUUUGCUUUUUCUGAGGUGAUGUUGGCCAUCUGUCGGAAAAAUGAAGAACUCGUAAAUGUGACUCCAAGGUAAGUGUAUUGAUUCGAAAUUUCUAUACGAUUAUUUUUAUAAAAGAAUGAGUUGGAAUUAAAGGAACGAUUUUUGUUUUACUAUAGUAUUGACAGUUAACAUGUUCUUAUCUGAGUAUUCUUCAAGAAUUUUCAAUUUACGCGAGAGAUCAAUUUCUGAAUCCGCUAAGAUGACGAGGUCAUCCGCGUAAAGAAGCAUCAUCAAAUUAUUUUUGUUAUCAAUGUUCAAACCUUCUGCUCCCUUUCCAGUGAAAUAUUCUUCUAUGUCUGACAUAAAUAGAGAAAAUAGUAGAGGACUGAGCGAC